AUGCUCUAUCUCUCUCACACUGUAGACUACGGAUAUACAUGCAGAUACAACCGAGAGAUCAAGAAGCGUGGCCGCGUGCCCACAGCUUCACUGGCCGGAGGGUCUGUGGCAUCGGACCCUGCUCAUUCCGGCAACAACAGCGCCAACAACCCGCACAGCAACGAUGUCUCCCCAUCACCUCCCGUGACGUCCCCUCGUGAUGCCGCCAUAUCUAUUUCCCACUUCGCGCCUGUAAACCGCGAAAGCGAUGUCACAAGCUUCAAUAGGCCGCCCCCGCUUGCACGUCAUGGCAGUACCGCAAGCACUUCUAUGACGGCGCCACCUGCCCCGGCGCAAACCAUCCAGGCACUGACCUCUCCGGGCUACGGGAGUCACGUACAUCUUCAACUCUCAACUCUGUUAGAACCUACCCUUGACACACAGAUGCCACACGGCUCUCAGGGGAGCCCCUCUCUGGCGGCCGUGUACCCAGGCCGGCCAUCAGAGCAUGAUGUUCUUGUCUCGGAUGACAGCGCCGGCUACCCCUCACCGGCCAAUGCCGCGAAUGGCGUUGCUGCUCACCAGCAAGCGGUACCGCGAAGCCACGAGAGAAACUCAUUCGGUGCUGGUCCGGCUCCGCAAAGGAAUGAUCGUCGAUCCUACAGCACGUCGACUGGUGCCGAGGGAUCGCUGGCCGAACUGCAGCGCAUGAAUUCGUUGUACCGGGCGCCAACGUCAGACUGCAGGUAUCGGUGCUUGGAUCCCGUGCUGCCCCAUAUUCGGGACAUCAUACCGGCCUCUGUCGCCUGCGACCUCCUUGACGUCUACCUAACGGAGCCGGGCAGCUCCCUCUUCCGCUGCGCAUCUCCUUAUAUCGUCACGAGAAUAUUCCGCAAGAAGUCGUUGCUCCAUCCUACAAACCCUCGACCAACGACACCUGCUCUACUAGCAACUAUGCUUUGGGUGUCCGCACAGACAGCCGAUAUCGUCCUGCUGCACGUCCCCGGGUCGAGGGCCAAGAUCACUAAUGCACUUUAUGGUCUGGCGACGUCAUUAAUCACGGAAAGAGAUCCGGACCGGUGGCGGAGGAUACACGGAGGUCUCCGUGCCGAAAAUGACCAGACAGAUGACCAGUUCGGGUUCAUGUCCGCUCUACCCACGACUACAGCCACAAACGAACCUGCGGGCGUCAUCGACGAUGUCUUGUCCUUUAUUCUGCUCUCCAUUGCCGUGUCGGGCGGCGACUUCAAGUCCGACUGCUUCAAGUGGUGGAGCAAAGCCGUCCGCUUGGCAAUGUCCCUGCGACUGAACCGCGAAGACGAGCAGUGCUCCGCAUCGCCAUGCGCCAACCCCAUCUGCUCCUGCCGGAGGGACCCGGAAUACAACUCGCUCGCCAACUCCGAGCCGAGGGAGGAGAGGCGAAGGGUGUUCUGGCUGCUGUACUGCCUCGACCGGCACCUCGCCCUGUCCUUCAACACCGUCCUGUACAUCCCGGACUCGUACUGCGAGAUCUACGCGCCCCUGCCGGAGGCGGCCUGGGAGGACCUGGACGCCAUCCCGCAGAGGGACCUGCCGCCGCGGGUCCUCGGGCCCCCGACCGCCGUCACGGGCACCGGCUUCUUCGAGUACUUCUUGCCGCUCAUGGCCAUCCUGGGCGACAUCAUCGAGGUGCACCACCGCCGGCAGCACCCGCGCCUCGGCCACCUCGACGACGCGCAGGCCGUCGCCGCCGUCGGCGAGCUGCUGCGCAGCUGCGAGCGCAGCCUCGAGGCGCUGGCGCGCGAGGUCGAGAUCCUCGAGUACCACCACCACGCGCCGCCGCCGCCCCUGUCGACGCCCGGCCCGCACAUCAAGGACAUCGUGACGGGCCUGCCCCUGCAGUCGCCGCAGCAGCAGAGCUCGACGGCGGCGGCCGCCGGCGGCAGCAGCAACAACAACAACAACAGCAACAGCAAUAGCAGCAACAGCAACAAGCAGACGCGCGACGCGUCGCGGCUCAAGCUCGUAACGGCCUACAGCACGCACAUCCUGCACGUGCUGCACGUGCUGCUGCACGGCAAGUGGGACGCCAUCAGCAUGCUCGACGACGACGACGACUGGAUCACGUCGACGCGCUUCAACGACUGCGCCUCGCACGCCAUCGCCGCCUCGCAGGCCGUCUCGCAGAUCCUCGCCUCGGACCCGGAGCUGACCUUUAUGCCCUACCUCUUCGGCAUCUACCUGCUGCACGGCAGCUUCAUCCUGCUCCUCUUCGCCGACCGCAUGCCCCAGCUCGGGCCCAACCAGUCGGUCGAGCAGGCGUGCGAGACCAUCAUCCGCGCGCACGAGGUGUGCGUCGUGACGCUGAGCACCGAGUUCCAGGUCCGUAUCUUUCUCCCUCACCCUCUCUCUCUCUCCCUCUCUCUGGCUACUUCUUGGUUUCCGGUGGGGCCUGCCCGGGGCUGA